UACGGAGGAUAUGGCAGGUUUAUUGGAUCUGGUGCCUAUUAUCAACCUCCGUAUCAACCUUAUGCUCCCCAGCAGUGUAUUGGACCUUGCAUAAAUGGUCAGUGUCCAAGAGGUUUUUCAUGCAUUGGCGAGCAGUGCUGCUCCGGCUAUAAUCCCUACUAUCCGCCUAACUUCUAUCAACCUUAUGCUCCAACUCAGCGGUGUAUUGGGCCAUGCGUGAAUGGUCAAUGUCCAGCAGGAUACUCGUGCAUUGGUAAUCAGUGCUGCACGGGGUAUAACCCUUUCUAUCAACGUGACUACUAUCGACCUUAUGCUCAAACUAAACAAUGA